AUGCCCCCGCGCUACGCCGCCAUGCCGCGCCGCGCGCCCCCACGGCGCAGGCGCCGCGCGAUGCACGCCGGGAGCCGGAGUUCCACCGCGCCGGACUACAACGCCCAUGAUGCAGCGCGCGCUGCCUGGGGCGGCCGGCGGCCCCCCCGCAGCUACGGCCACCUGGAGGGCGACGUCCGCUGCCGGCGGCUCUUCUCCGCCACCCGCUUCUUCCUGCGCAUCGACGGCGGCGGCGGCGUGGAGGGGACGCGCUGGAGGGAGCGGCCGGGCAGCAUCGUCGAGAUCCGGUCGGUGCGUGUCGGCGUCGUGGCCAUCCGGGCGGUGCACACCGGCUUCUACCUGGCCAUGAACAAGCAGGGAAGGCUCUACGGGUCGAAGGAGUUCAGCCCCAACUGCAAGUUCACGGAGCGCAUCGAGGAGAACGGCUACAACACCUACGCGUCGCUGCGCUGGCGGCACCGGGGCCGCCCCAUGUUCCUCUCGCUCAAUAGCAAGGGCAGGCCACAGCGAGGGGGAAAGAUGCGCCGGCAGCACCUCUCCACCCACUUCCUCCCCAUGCUCGUCAACUGA